CCAGUGCGCCUGCGCACGCCGGGCGGGCUCGCGCUCCGAAGCGUCUGCUUCCGCGGUUUGUGGUGCCACUGCGUCGUGAGUUCGAAGCCGGGGUCCGAGCGAAUCGGGUUCACGUCCCCGGCGCGAUGCUGUUCGACAAGGUGAAGGCGUUCGUGGUGCAGCUGGACGGGGCGAGCGGGGGCGCGGAGCCAGUGUUCAGCGGCGGCCAGGCCGUGGCCGGCCGGGUACUGCUGGAGCUGUCCGGCGCGGCGCGCGUGGGUGCCCUGAGGUUGCACGCGCGGGGCCGCGCUCACGUGCACUGGACCGAGUCGCGCAGCACAGGCUCGAGCACCGCGUAUACGCAGAGUUACCGCGAGCGGUUGGAGGUGGUGAACCACCUGGUCACGCUUCUCGCUCCAGACACUGGAGAGACCACCACUCUGCCUCCCGGGCGUCAUGAGUUCCCCUUCAGCUUCCAGCUGCCCCCGACCCUGGUGACGUCAUUCGAGGGUAGACACGGCAGCGUCCGCUACAGCGUCAAGGCCACCUUACACCGGCCCUGGGCGCCGGUGCGCCGGGCCAGGAAGGUGUUCGUUGUCAUUGAGCCGGUGGACAUCAACACCCCGGCCCUGCUGGCACCUCAGGCAGGCACCCGGGAGAAGUUUGCCCGGACCUGGUACUGUAACCGGGGCCUCGUCUCCUUCUCGGCUAAGAUUGACCGGAAGGGCUACACGCCAGGCGAGCUGAUCCCCAUCUUUGCGGAGAUCGACAACGGCACGACGCGCCCCGUGCUCCCGAGAGCGGCUGUGAUCCAGAUGCAGACCUUCAUGGCCAGAGGCGCCCGCAAGCAGAAGCGGGCGGUAGUGGCCAGCCUGGUGGGCGAGCCGGUGGGCCCAGGGCGACGGGCUGUGUGGCAGGGCCGGGCACUGCGCAUCCCUCCGGUGGGCCCCUCCAUCCUGCACUGCCGCGUGCUGCGUGUGGACUACGUCCUCAAGGUCUGUGUGGACAUCCCGGGCACAUCCAAGCUGCUCCUGGAGCUGCCGCUGGUCAUUGGCACCGUGCCCCUACAUCCCUUUGGCAGCCGUUCAUCCAGCGUGGGUAGCCACGCCAGCUUCCUAAUGGACUGGGGGCUUGGUGCCCUGCCGGAGCAGCCAGAGGCCCCUCCUGAGUACUCAGAGGUGGUGGCAGAUGAGGACGCGGCCAGUGUGGGGCAGAACCCCUUCCCGCGCCUACCAGAGCUCAACCUAGGCCUCGAGGGCCCCUUCUUUACCUACAUCCAGGAGUUCCGCUACCGCCCACCGCCCAUCUACUCCGAGGAGGACCCUCACCCACCUAUGGCAGUUGUCAGACCCCGCUGCAUGACGUGUUGAGCAAUGGACACCUUGUGGGACAAACAGCUGCCCACUGCUCUGGCCACUGCUGACAUGGCGACAGCUGGAGCAAGGGCCGAGCCAGCUUGAUUGCGCUGAAGCUGGGGAGACGGAGUCUCGGCCUUACAUGGGGCAGAGGAAGAGCUCGACUGGAUCCAACAUCCAGAAUGGCGGUCCUCGGGAGGCAUCAGAUGUCAAGUGUAGGAUCCAAAUGACAGUUUGAUGUGCCUGUACCCCACCCUAUGAGCACUGCUGGGAUCCUCAGAAAGCCUCCAAUCUGAGAGGGUAUCCUAAAGGUGGACCAGGGAUCCAGGCACAGAGUCUCCAACCACACGGGACCAGAGGACAGGACCCAAAGCUAGGGAGUCCAGAGGAGAGUCAGAGAAGGCUUCUUGGCGGAAAGGGCAUUUUAGCUGAGGCUUUGGUGUAUGAACAGGAGCCCAAUAGACACGUGGAAAGAGUAGCAGUAGCAAAAGGUCAGAGUGGCGUGAAGUUUGGAGCCCGGUCCCUUUGUUUUAGGAGAGAACUGGGGGCUCAGAGGCCCUUGCCUUCGUUGGGGUCACAAAGCAAGGUGUGGCUGGAGAGAGGACCAAGAGUGAGGUAUUCAGGGUUGCAGGUUGUUGGAGCAAUGUGGUCACUGUAAGUGGCAUGAUCGCCAGUUCUAUGGCUGCCCCACGGCUCAUCCGAGCACCCCGUAUGCAAGGGCCACCUGGGCCGGAAGCUGAGCUGCAGGGAGCGACAGGACUUGCACAAUGUGCAUCCAGAGCCCGCCCCCCGGCUAAACGUGGAGAAUCUCAAGUAAGGGGCCACGGAGCAUGGACUCUGGCACAGGGCCUCGGGGGGCUGCUCAGGCCACACAGCGUGGAUGACCCCUGUGCCUUAAUGAUACAAAGUGUGAAGGGGCAGCUGGUUCAAGCCCCCAACUGCCGAGUCCUGGUCCUGGCUGGGGCAGGGCCUCUGCCUGGGACUCGGCGCAUUUCUGUUAAGCCUUAAAAAGUGUAUCCUUUUGUACUUUUAAAAUAAAAAUGUGGAGAAAGGA